UGGUUUUCAGUCAGUUGGUUUUGACCGGUGCAUACGAUGCAAAGCUUACCAAUCACGAAACAACUGAACGGGAUUUAAAAGAUUGCCCGAUUUGCCUGGUUUCGCUGCUUCUGUCAUCCAUUAAUAAAUCAGUACUGUUAAAGGAGAUUUUCAGUCUGCAGUAUCCAAGCGUUGAGAGUGUCAAAAAGCGGCCAACGGAAACCGACCUAUCUUUACUUUAUGUGUUGAGUUUGAUUGGGAGGUCCCAAUAUCGCUAACUUUUGCCCUCUUUGCCUUAUCGUUACGAUUCUACAAGGUGCAAUUGAGACUUGUGUGUUUAGGAGGGAUUUUCAUUCAUAAGGCAAAGGAUGAGCGACGCUUUGGCCAACAAGCUACGGAUCCGAAGUCAGCUGUGCCGAGAAUUUCUCGCGGAGUUCCUCGGCACAUUCAUCCUGAUCGUAUUUGGUGAUGGUUCAGUGGCCCAGUUCGUUUUAAGCAAAGGAGAACUAGGAUCCGCCCAUUCCAUUCACUGGUCGUGGGGCGUUGGUGUUAUGAUGGGUCUAUAUGCAUCUGGAGGAGUCUCGGGCGGUCAUAUUAACCCGGCCGUGUCGCUAGCGCUGGCUGUGGUUGGUCGCUUUCCCUGGCACAAAGUUCCAAUCUACAUGUUGGCCCAGUAUUGCGGGGCUUUUUGUGCCUCAUUCUUUGUCUACAUCAUCUAUAUGGAUGCCCUCGACCAUUUUGAUGGUGGGACCAGAAUGGUGGUGGGGGUUAACGGAACAGCCGGGAUCUGGGCCACCUACCCCCAGGAGUUUGUCACCACCCCCACGGCUCUGGGAGACCAGAUAUUCGGUACAGCGAUGCUCCUUAUCUGUGUGAUGGCCAUCACGGACGAGCGGAACAUGAACCCGAGCAAGGGCCUGGUUCCGAUCUGUGUGGGUCUGGCCGUGUUUGUGAUUGGAAUGACCUACCACCUUAAUUGUGGGUACGCCAUCAACCCUGCCCGUGACCUGGGUCCCCGGCUGUUUACCCUCGCCGCAGGGUGGGGCGACAGUACCUUUACACAUCGUGACUAUGGCUACUUCUGGAUUCCGAUCCUGGGACCCCACCUGGGCGCUAUCAUUGGGUGCGUACUCUACAUUCUGUUUGUGGGCCUCCAUUGGCCGCCGGAAUACGAGAUCAGCGGUGAUAUACAGCUAGACAACAAAGGCAAAGAGAAAAACAAGGAGUUCACAGAUCUACGAGAGGCAUCAUGAUGGUGUUCAGAUGGUCGUAUGGUAGACGGGCAGCAAUCCGGGUUGUAAGGGAGGGGCACUUCCAAGAGGUCGGAAAGGAGUCAUAUUCGAUGGACUUUUCUAUAUAUAGUUUCCUUUGUAUGUUGUAAUGCAACUGUAAUUAUACUCAGCCUAGUUGUUUCAUAUAUUCCUGUGAUUAGUAUUUUAGGUUUGUUUUUUUUACAAAUAUAUUGUAUAUAUAAAAAUGAUGUCAAUGUGCUGUGGACAUUUGACAUAUUUGUCAGAAAUAUUAUAAAUAAAACUAUUAUAUUUUUUA